GUGGACGAGGCAGGCAGCGUUCAGACACAAGCGCCUGUGAAAACGCGCCUUGAGACAACAUUUUAUUUGACUGGAGUUAAGAGUCCUGACAGAUUAAGGAGAAAUACAAGUGCCUUUUAAUUCAGACCAGAUGUCUUCUUCACCCUCCUCCUCCUCUUCUGUGCGUCUAAACACGGGGGUUCAAAUGCCCCUUUUGGGUCUGGGGACCUACAAGCUUCAGGGUCUUGACGACGUCUACCGGGCUGUGGAUGCGGCCCUCGCUGCAGGUUACCGUGCUUUUGACAGUGCGGCCGUUUACAGGAAUGAGGCUGACUUGGGUCGAGCCCUGAGGGAGAUCCUGCCUAAAUAUGGCUUGACUAGACAGGAUGUGUUUAUAACCAGUAAACUGGGCCCAAAAGAUCAGGGUGAGAGCGCAGUGGAGGGAGCUCUUCACAGCCUGACACAGCUGGACUUGGAUUACAUUGACCUCUACCUGAUCCACUGGCCGGGCACUCAGGGUCUGGAUGUGGGUGAUCAACGUAACCCAGGUAACCGAGCUCAGAGUUGGGCAUCACUGGAGGAGCUGCAUGACCAGGGGAAGCUGAAGGCCAUUGGAGUGUCCAACUACACACCAGCACACAUGAGAGAACUGAUGCAGAAGUGCAGAAUCCCUCCUGCUGUUUUACAGGUAGAGUUUCACCCACGCCUGUGCCAGACUGAGUUGAGGCGUGUGUGUGAGGAGUAUGGAGUGUGUUUCCAGGCCUACUCCUCUUUAGGGAAAGGAGAGCUGGUCACUGAUCCCAGGGUUACAGCGGUGGCAAAGAACUGCUCACGCACACCUGCCCAGGUCCUGUUGCGCUGGGCGGUGCAGCAGGGAGUUCCAGUGCUCCCCAAGUCCUCAAAUCCAGACAGGAUAAAGGAGAACGCUGCACUUUUUGACUUUACGCUAAGUGACACAGACAUGGAGACACUGUCAUCUUUAGACUGUGGGCACAAAUACUGCUGGGAUCCUUCGGGGGUGGCUUGAUAAACCACUGGUUGACUUCCUUGGGAGUAUUUUUACUACUUCUGUUCUUCACUUCUGACAAUAGCAGUUAAAUCACAUGCAGUAAAUUAAGUUUUAUCAUGUUUUUUUUCCAGGAGAUCGCACAUAACAAACACACCAAGUAGCAUUUAGGCAGAAUUACAUGUAUUUGCUUAGAGUUCAGUCAACAUAUUUAAUAAUGGCCUUGUUUGUAGUAUCUUAAACAUUAUAGUCUUUCCAAUUAAUACCUAUUGAGUUUUUUGCCUAAUGAUAUUCUACUGUUUACAGAUUUGUCAGUGCAUGCCAUCAUUUAAAGACCAGUUUCAUGUAACAACAAUUAGAGUCUAUAUAACAUUUAAUUUGAAUUGUCUGUGAAACACCAUCAUUUUGCAGAUGAAUAAACUCUGACACUAAGGCUUAAAAGAACUGCACACACAAUAUUCACUCUAAAACCACUCUUAAAAUUGUUUUAUUCAGGACAGCAUGUACCAGAAGCUGGACAGCUGUAGAGAAAAUACAUUUACAAAAGUCCAUAAAAAAUGAAAAACA